AUGCAAGCCAACCCAUCUUGCAAAAUGAUUGUUUUCAUCAAUUUUUAUCACGAUGACCUUACUAAUCCGCCGGAAGGAACUGUGCUAGUUACGCAUCAUCAUCAUCAUUCUCGUCACCAUCAUCAUCAUGAUGACCAAAUCCAAGAUCUAUCGGCACAACAACCAUCUUAUCCUCAAAUUAACCAGUUUCAGCCAACACAAAAACCGUAUGUGCAACCAGCGCCGUUACACGUAUCUCCUCCAGUACAAUACUAUGAACCACCCCCAGUGAUCGUUGAGCAACCGAUUGUUCAAAGAUCACAAUAUCAUUCAGAAGUAAUUGAUAAUUAUGUUAGCCCAGAAGCAUAUUCAACUGUUACUGAUUAUCAGCUACCGACUGCUCAGACAUCACUAUACCAUUCAGAUGUAAUUGAUAGUUAUAUUAGUCCAGACGCAUAUUCGAAUGUUGCUGAUUAUCAGCCACUACCAUGGCAUCCACCUCCUCAGCGACCACUACCACCACGUUUCAGACGUCCACCACCAAGGUUUAGACCUCCACCUCCAUCAGUGAUCUAUCUCAACGGUCCACCAUUACAACCGGUAUCUCUUGAUCUACCACCAUCAGGGUAUAUUGAUGUACCACCGCCGCCAUCACGACCGGUAUCAGAGCAAUGA